AUGUUCGAUACCAAUGCCAACUUGGAAGACGAUGCGUGGAUGUUCCACGCACUAGGCAACCUCUACUCAGACCAGGGCCGACUCAAAGAGGCUGAGGACAUGUAUCUACGGGCUCUUCAAGGCUAUGAGAAGGCACUGGGGCCAGAACACACAUCGGCACUCGACACGGUCAACAAUCUAGGCAACCUCUAUGCAGACCAGGGCCGACUCAAAGAGGCCGAGGGCAUGUACGAACGGGCUCUUCAAGGCUACGAGAAGGCACUGGGGCCAGACCACACAUCAACACUCUUAACGGUCAACAAUCUAGUCAGCCUCUACGCAGACCAGGGCCGACUCAAAGAGGCUGAGGCCAUGUAUGAACGGGCUCUUCAAGGCUACGAGAAGGCGUUGCACCCAGAUACGCUGAGAACAUAUAUCCCUGCCCUUAAUGCCCUGGAAAAUGUUGGCCGUCUGCUUGAGCAACUGGGUGCUACAGAUAGAGCUCUCGAGCACCAAGGCAAGAGUCGGUUCCGCCGCCUCGUGUGGCUACUGAUCAUAGCCUGA